GCAUUACCUGCAGCUGACACACACAUAUCCAACGUUCCACAUUCGCAACAAACACAGUCAUCGUUGCAGAACAGCGGUCACUACGGCGCGCCUCAACUUCCUGGCUGCGGCUCCAGCAACUACAAGACGAUCGCAGAGGAGCCGACUCUCAACGAUCGACGAAAGCGCUGCCACUGCGCAACCAGCUCUCACGAUGGAAUCAAAUGGCAAUCUGCGAAGGAAGGAUACCACCAAGGGUCCUCCUCUGCGCAUCCUCUCUCUAGAUGGAGGUGGCGUGCGAGGCUACUCCAUGCUCAUUAUCAUCCAGGAGCUCAUGCACCGGACCUUUGUCGAGAUUGAGGGCAAGGCUCCGCGAAGACACGAGAUUCCGAAACCAGCAGACCACUUCGAUCUUAUCGUGGGGACGGGCACCGGUGGUUUGAUUGCUAUCAUGCUGGGGCGCCUACGAUUAGAUCUGGAGACCUGCAAAGAAGUCUACGUACGAAUGACGAGGAAAGUUUUCGAGACGGACAAAACUAUUGCGGGAAUACCAUACAAAACAACGUUGUUUAAGGCGUCGAAGUUAGAAGAGGCGAUUAAGGAGUGCGUGCGGGAACAUACCAUAUUUAUGGACGAAGGCAACGACGGCGAGGAACCGGAAGGAGCAUACAACGACCCCAUCAGCCAUUUGAACAGAGGGCUACCUCGGCGGCACGCCAGUAAUGCCAGUGUGGCGAGCUUCAGUGCAAGGAGUCCAACUAGCUACCAGUCAUCUCGUCCGUUGCACUCUCUUCGGUGGGGCAACCCAGAGGCUCUCCUCUACGAUACUCGCGAAAACAGAACAAAAACCGCUGUCACUGCAAUCUACAAAGGAACGGCCCCAGGAGAUGCACCAGCAAUUCUACGAUCGUAUGAUUCACGAAAAGAGACUCAACCCGAAUUCGGUUGUACGAUAUGGGAAGCAGGUCGGGCAACUUCAGCCACGGGACUGGCAUUUAAGUCGAUCCUGAUCGGCGAGUCGAUGUUUAUCGACGAAGGCGCUGGAAAAUACAACCCAUGUCCUUUCGCCCUGGACGAGGCUUGCGUCAAUGAGUGGCCAGGCCGUGACAUUGGAGUGGUCGUGAGUAUUGGCACUGGAAAACGACCAUCGGGAAGCGACAACAAUCAGCAUCUAUGGUACGAGGGAUUCAUGGGUGAUUUUGCGGAGGCUAGGCGGCGCUUGAUCUCGAAAAUCGAAGGCUGCGAGGAGACCCACCAGUACAUGGUCAGGGAUGGGCUCAGCAAGCGUGGAGUGAACAUCGAGAACUACUACCGACUGAACGUCGAGAUUGGAGUUGGAGAGUUCGGCAUGAACGAAUGGAAUCGCCUUGCAGACAUCAGCACUGGAACAAGGCGGUACCUUGGCAAGAGCGAUGUUCAGAGGAUGAACCAUGAUGCAGCCGCGAAACUCGCCAAGAUCCACAGGGCGAAAGCUAGAUUCGAGGGCGAAGCAAAGGGAUCAACGGGUGGAAGUUCUAUGGGUGGAAUGGGAGAUUAUAAGGGUCUUGAAGAUGUCCCAGAAGCCUACCCGACAGCCAUCGAGCUCCCCGCCGAGGUCCCCGUCUCAGCACCAAGCAGAACCCCGCCUCCUCGCCCAUCAUACGAAUCUGGCCACCACGACACUCUCGAAGUCCCUGGCAAGAAAAAUACGCCCUCUCCUCGCAGGUCAGCAGAGAAUCAUUCACGGCCGUCUCCUCGCUCCUCAGCUCCUAGCCUCGAGAACCCCAACGCGGACCGCUUUAUCGUCCACGCGCCAACACCAAGCGAACACCGCACCGCAGGUGGGGCAGACAAAAUAACAAUCACAAGCAUGGAUGAACAACAACGGCCGAAACCACCAAUGCGAGUCGAACCGCCACCUCUUCCACCCAAGACCCCAAUCCCAGGUCAAGCAUCAACGGUCUCAAUGAGGCCAAGACCGCAGUUACCAUAUCCAAUUGAUGACGGCCCGCCACCUGUGGUCAAUAUGGCGAGGAAACCAGAUUAUAAGGGAAGAUGAAUGGAUGUUUUAACGGCUUCUUGAAGAUAUUUGUUUCGUCUGGGAUUUAUGGGAUGGCGUUUGGGAGGUGGUCUUGGGCAUAAUAAAUGCAAAUCAAUGAUUUUUUUCUUUCUUU